AUGGCCUGUGCUCUGCUGUCGCCUUUGGGAGAGGGUGGAGAAAGCAUCCAGGCUUUCGAUGGGACGGCUGCCGAACCGGCAGAUGAGAUUCAGAAGGGGCCCAAGUCCGUGAGAAGUAAGGGUGGUAGGUCAGAUGCCAGCAAAACUACGGGUGGCAGGCCGCGCUCUAAGAAAGGUGACGGCAACGCCAUGUUGGAGUGCAGCGGCGUUGUCAAGCCCCUAGGGAGGGCUCCAACUGGAGAGUGGCAGUUGAAGCACAACAAGGCCGGCAUUCCGUACGUCACCGACGAGCGCGAGACCGUCAAGAAAUGGGCAAUGUCCUAUUUCCAGUCCGACGAAGACAGCGAUCAGCCGCCCCUGGCCAUGCCAAUGAACCUUUCGCUCGACCGAGUUGAUGAAGAGAUCCAGUUUAUGGCGCCCGUGAAGAGCUCGCCGAAGAAGACCACGAGUGAGACCCCGACACCAUCGAUGAACGUGAAAUCCGUUGUCGCAGCAGGACAGCCAGACGGCCAGCAGCAGCCGGAGGCCCUGGUGCCGGUGUGCCACUGCCUGCUCCACGAUGCCGAGAAAGCGGAGUGCGAGAAGUGUAAGAAGGGCUACAAUCAGGAGGUUGCCCGUGGCUGCGUGCCGAAGUUUGCAACCCGCAAGAGCAUCCUUGAAGCGAAGGAAGCCUUCGCGAAGCAGCAGCAGCAGGAGCAGCAGGCAAAGCAGCUGGCCACAUUGCAAGGUCAGCAGCCUCAGCAGCCUGAAGCCCUGAAGUUGAAGGAAGCUGGACAGGAUGAGGAGGGGGCCCUGCGACUCCAGCAGGCAAAGUUGGAGCGAAGGUUGGCAGACCUCCAGGCCAAGAGGGCAGCGGAAAAGGCGGAGGAGGAGCGCAAGAUGCAAGCCCUUGAGGUCAAGCGUUCGGCUGCGGAGGCCACCCAGGCGACCAGAGAUAACGAGGUGAAUGCAUUGGCAAAGGAGAUGUUCCAGAAGUAUGUCAAGGAAAUGGAGGAGGCGAAGGCUCGCGAGAUUGAGGAAUCCCGGGCACGAGCCAAGCAGGGGGAGGCCGCCAAGGAAGGUUCGGAAGCCCAGGAGGCUCAGAAUGCUAAGGAAGCCGAGGAACAGAAAGCUAAGGACACAGAGGAAGCCUUCGCGAAGCAGCAGCAGCAGGAGCAGCAGGCAAAGCAGCUGGCCACAUUGCAAGGUCAGCAGCCUCAGCAGCCUGAAGCCCUGAAGUUGAAGGAAGCUGGACAGGAUGAGGAGGGGGCCCUGCGACUCCAGCAGGCAAAGUUGGAGCGAAGGUUGGCAGACCUCCAGGCCAAGAGGGCAGCGGAAAAGGCGGAGGAGGAGCGCAAGAUGCAAGCCCUUGAGGUCAAGCGUUCGGCUGCGGAGGCCACCCAGGCGACCAGAGAUAACGAGGUGAAUGCAUUGGCAAAGGAGAUGUUCCAGAAGUAUGUCAAGGAAAUGGAGGAGGCGAAGGCUCGCGAGAUUGAGGAAUCCCGGGCACGAGCCAAGCAGGGGGAGGCCGCCAAGGAAGGUUCGGAAGCCCAGGAGGCUCAGAAUGCUAAGGAAGCCGAGGAACAGAAAGCUAAGGACACAGAGGAACAGAAGGCUAAGCACACCGAGGAACCGAUGGCUAAGGAAACCGAGGCACCGAUUACAGAAUCCAAGGAUCUGCCGGAUCAGGAUGCAAUGACAGUGGAUGCUCCGAAGCUGGAGGGCUCAACGAACGAGCCUUCCAUUGCUCCGGCGGCGUCGACGGAGUCGAAUGGUGGUGGCAGCGCAGGCGGAGCAGCACAGGACCCAAAGCCCAAAGGCAAGACGCCAGAUCUGUUCGGGAAGCCUGCUCCGAUGAAGAAGCAGCGCACGGGGAAGCAGCUUGGACAGGGAAUGGUGAAGUGGCAGCUGGCCAUCGGCCGGACCGGCUGGCUGGAGUGA